AUGGUGUUUUAUCCGCCUGCCAGCGCUGGGAAGCUGCCCAAGGUCCCUGAUGAUAUACCAAUAUGCGACUUCAUCCUGGACGAGGCCAACGGUCGCAUGCCGUUCGCGGAGUCGAGAGAUCCGUUUGUCUGCGGCCUCACGGGCAGGACAUACUCGAUAUCCCAGGUCGCGGAGCGCGUUGAUGUACUCUCCCGCGCGCUGGCAAGGGAGUUCGGCUGGCAUCCGAAUCAGGGGACGGAGUGGGAGAAGGUCGUGGGCAUCUACAGCUUCAACUCGAUCGACUACUUGGUUCUCUGCUGGGCGGUGCAUCGGCUGUCUGGCAUCGUGAGCGCGGCCAACGCAGCUUACUCUGCGCCAGAGCUCGCCCAUCAGCUGGUAGAUUCUCGCUGCAAGGCCUUGUUCACCUGUCUACCCUCCUUGCCAAGUGCAUUGGAAGCUGCUGAAAAGGCUGGGAUACCCAGGAGCCGGGUGUAUAUCAUUGACCUGCCUGCUGAAUUUACUGGCUCAGCGAAGACACCCGCAGGCUUCAAGACGUUGGAGCAGCUCAUCACGGAGGGAUACUCGCUUCCACCGGUUGAGAGGGCCAAAUGGAGACCUGGUCAAGCUGCUAAGCAGACGGCCUUCCUGUGCUAUUCCAGCGGUACGUCUGGUCUUCCGAAAGGUGUGAUGAUCUCGCAUAGGAAUGUCAUUGCAAAUACCAUGCAGAUCAGGAUCAAAGAGCAGCCAGAACGAGAGGCCCGUGUUAAAAGGGGAGGUUCAGCUACGGUGGUCAGCCUGGGCCUGCUGCCUCAGAGCCACAUCUAUGCGCUCGUUGUCCUGUGCCAUGCUGGGUCCUAUCGAGGAGACUCUCUGGUUGUCCUGCCCAAGUUCGACAUGGCUCAGUACCUGGGAGCCAUUGCAAAGUAUAAGAUCAACACAUUGUUCCUAGUGCCCCCAAUCAUCAUUGCAAUGCUGCGAAACAAGGCAGUUUGUGACAAAGUAGAUCUCUCCAGUGUCUCUUCCAUUUUCACGGGAGCCGCACCACUGGGCAAGGAGACAGCAGAAGAGCUACAGGCCUGGAAGCCGUCCUGGGCUAUAAAACAGGGAUACGUGGUCUCAUCCACAAGCAUCUACGACACCUGGCUGGGCUCAUCUGGCUGUCUCCUCCCUGGCUUUGAAGCAAAAGUCGUCUCCCCGGAAGGCGUCGAAUUAACCGGCUACGACCAGCCAGGAGAACUGGUCGUCCGCUCCCCUACCGUGGUCCUAGGCUACCUGAACAACCAAAAGGCCACCGCAGAGACAUUCCAGGACGGCUGGAUGCGUACGGGAGACGAAGUAGUCUUCCGAGUCUCCCCCAAGGGAACAGAGCAUCUCUUCAUCGUCGACCGGAUAAAAGAGCUGAUCAAGGUCAAGGGAAUGCAAGUUGCACCGGCUGAGCUCGAAGCUCACGUCCUCUCUCACCUUGACGUUGCCGACUGUGCUGUCAUCCCCGUACCCGACGAGCGGGCUGGAGAACUGCCCAAGGCCUUUGUCGUUAAGGGGCCCUCUGCUGCCGGCAAAGACGAUGCGGCUGUCAUCAAGUCGAUCCAGCAGUUUGUGGAAGAGCACAAGGCCCGGCACAAGUGGCUGAAGGGCGGCGUCGAGUUCAUAGAUGUCAUUCCCAAGAGUCCCAGCGGCAAGAUCCUUCGUCGUCUGCUCCGAGACCGCGAGAAGGAGGCUCGACAGAAGGCGAAGGCGAAGUUGUAG